AGCAGGGGGGUUAUUGCUUGCACAGCAAGGCGCCGGCCUCCUAAGCCUCAGACCGGCUGCGCGCGGGAGCAGCCUGCGUCUCGCCGGAACUGCCCGUCGCCUCUGUUGGCUCCGCCCCGCCGCGCGAGGGAGGCAGCCGUGGUGGCGGCCGGCCUGGGAGGGCGGAAGUUAGUUGGCUGCUUCCGGAGCAGCCGAGCCGGUCGGUUCCGCAAAGAUGGCGGGUCCUGGGCGGCCGUGAGCGCGGGGGACGUUUCAUCGCCAUGGCGCAGAGGACCCGGGGCCUGGUGCUGAGGGCCGCGGCCGGGAGACUCCAGGGAGCCGGAAAAGGGCUUCGUUUCAUAUCUGCUGUAGCCAGCUUCAGAACCACUGAGGGUGAAGUAGACACAAAGGAAAAUGAAGUUGUUGCCCCAGAUUUCACCAACCGAAAUCCUCGUAACUUGGAGCUGCUGGCACUAGCAAGAAAGGAACGGGGCUGGGAAACAACAUGGCCCAAGAGAGAGUAUUGGCAUAGACUACGGCUUGAGCGGACACAGCACUAUGUGGAGGCCUAUGUUGAGCAUUGCAGUGGGAAUGUCGUUGUGUCAGCCUCCACCCGUGAGUGGGCCAUAAAGAGACAUCUGUACAGUCCCAAGGGAGUGGCGGCAUGUGAAAAUAUUGGGCGUGUGGUGGCACAACGCUGUCUGGAAGCAGGAAUCAACUUUGUGACCUUUAAAGCUGUUAUCCCAUGGGAAUAUCGCUGUGACUCGAUCCAGCGAUUCCAAAAAGCUGUGACAGAUGGUGGUGUUGUCGUGGGUGAGCCUCGAAGAAUCUAUCAAUAAGAUGAAGACUGUGGGCGAAAUUUCUUAUAAUGGACUGUCAAACAACUGCUCUCAUACAGGAGUGGGCAAAGAAGCAAUUCAGGCCCAGAGCUGGGACAGUGUGGAGCAUAGCAACUUAUUUAGUUUAAUAAGUGUUGCUGAUUUUUUCUUUUUUUUUUUUUUUUUUUUUUACUUCAACUCUAACUUGUUCAAAGAUUUUAAGGCCAGAAAAAAAUCAUUAUGAUAACCUAAUCCGGCCACAAUUUCACCCAGUAACUACUCCUUCAAGCCCAUAUCUUGUGGUUGAGCUAGAUCAAGUCUAGAUUUGUAGACAUCCAGUCUUGAUGUAAACUUCCACUAAUGGAGAAUUUAUCACAUCCGUUGGUAUAUUUUUCAAUGGUUAAUUACAGUCACUUUGUUUAAAUAAAAUUAAAAAAAAAAAGUUGCACUUUAUUUCUAAUCUGAAGUUAUAUAAUUUCCAGCUAUUGGAUGCCUUUAAUCUAGCUGACAUAGACCACUACUAUUUGGAAUCUUCUCUCCAUGCAGGUACCUAUAAGAACUGACUUGACAUAUAGGCAAAAUAUAUUGCACUUCCCCAAACCAGUCUUGUAGCCCUUUCUAAUCCUUUCCAAUUCAACAUGCUUUUUGAUUUGUGGACACUAGAAGUAGAAAACAUGUAAUGAAUUCCCCAGUGCUAUAUACAAAAGUAAUACCAUUUCCCUAUUUUAUAGUACCUUGCUUAUGCAUCCAAGAAUCACAUUAGUCCUGUUAGCCACAGCAUCUCCCUGGGAGCUCAUGUUCACUUGGUUAUCUAUCAUGAUCCCUGAAUCUUUUCUUGAGUCACUGGAUUACAGUCCACCAUGCUGCAGGUACGACCUGCAUUUUUCUUUUUCCUAGAUAUGACCUUGCAUUUGGCUUCAUUAAAACACAUGUUCAAAUGAGCCCAGUUUACCAAGUGACCCAAGUUGCUCGUGUAACUGACCAUUUACUACUUGAUGCAAAAAACAGGUGAGCUGCAAACUUUAGCAGCACUAAUUUUAUAUUUUUCACAUCAUUAAUAGAUAAUAGAAUAAUACUGGCCCAAGAAAAGGUCCUGGUCAGAUGCCACUACAAUGUAGCCCCCUUUGGGUGAUCGUUUCUCACCUUUAGAAAUUUAUCAAGGGCCAGUUUUAAAAUCCAUGGAGUACUGACUUUUUAAAAUUGUUCACUACUAAAUUAAACCCCUUACAGAAAUGGAAAUACAGCAGUUGCCUUUAAAAAACAAACUUGGAAGCAUUCAUAGUAUAUGGUGACCUAUGC